AUGGCAAGGACUUCUCUCCUGUUGGCAUUGCUGAUAGUCUACAGCCAUGUUUUGGUCACCACCUCAUCAUUCCAGUCAGCUCUGGUGAUGAACAUGGCUGAAAUACUCUUGGAUAACUAUUGCUUCCCUGAGAACCUGGUUGGUAUGCAAGAGGCCAUUGAACAGGCCAUCAGCAGCGGAGAAAUCCUCCACAUAUCAGAUCGGAAGACGCUGGCAGCUGUGUUGACUGCUGGAGUUCAGGGAGCGCUCAACGACCCCCGCCUGGUUGUCUCCUACGAGCCCAAUUACACUCCUGCAACACCAGCAACUCUUCCCUAUCAAUCGCCGGAGCAGCUGAAGAGCAUAAUCAAGAGUUCAAUCAAGGUGGAGGUCUUGCAAAACAACAUUGGAUACCUGAGGAUGGACCACAUAAUUGGAAAGGAAAUAGCUGAAGAAACUGGCUCACUUUUCCUAGAGAGGGUCUGGAACAAAGUUUUCCAAACCUCCUCUCUGGUUCUCGAUCUCCGUUAUGCCACAACUGGGGACUUGUCUGGUAUCCCUUACAUUGUGUCCUUCUUUUCUGAUGCUGGAAUGCUCACCCACAUCGAUACUGUGUAUGAUCGACCAUCUAACACUACCACUGAGCUUUGGACCAUGCCCUCAUUUCUAGGAGAAAGGUACGGGAAGAGAAGAGACUUAAUCAUUUUGACCAGCAAACGUACUAUAGGUGUGGCUGAGGGAGUAGCCUACUUGCUAAAGCAUCUGAAGAGAGCUCUCGUUGUAGGGGAAAGGUCUGCUGGAGGAUCUGUGAGAAUUGAAAAGCUGAGGAUUGGUGAGUUUGAUUUUUACAUUACAGUCCCAGUCACCAGAUCCUUGAGCCCUUUGACGGGGCAGAGUUGGGAAGUCAGUGGUGUGUCUCCCUGCGUAGAUGUCAGUGCCAAAGAUGCUCUUGACGAAGCCAAGUCCCUUCUGGUGGUCAGAGCCAGCUUCCCAAAAGCAGUCCAGGGGGUCUCUGACAUCAUCAGGAACUUCUAUUCCUUCACAGAUAAAAUCCCAACUCUUAUUCAGCACCUGGCCUCUACUGAUUUUUUCUCCAUCACCUCCGAGGAAGGACUUGCUGCAAAGCUAAACUAUGAGCUCCAGUCAAUUGCCGAAGACCCUCGCUUAAAUAUCAAAGUGAUGUUGGAGCCUCCUGUUGUCAUUGAAGAGGCCCAGGAGCCCAACCACAUACCAGAUGACCCAUCCUUCCUCGAGGCUUUGAUUGACACGGUUUUCAAAGUGAACAUUCUGUCAGGAAACACUGGCUAUGUACGCUUUGAUGAGUUUAUUGAAGCCCCCAUAUUGGUUAAAUUUGGUGAGCAGAUUUUUAAAAAUGUCUGGGACCCAAUCCGAGACACAAAGAACCUGAUCAUUGACCUUCGUUUCAACUCAGGGGGGCCCUUGACUGCCGUACCAGUACUCCUGUCAUACCUCCAUGAUUCCACACCACCAGUGCACUUCUUCACUGUUUACAAUAGAAUGGAUAAUAUCACAACUGAGUUCCACACCCUUACAGCCUUGCCAGGCACAACCUAUGGAUCACAGAGGGGCGUGUAUGUCCUGACCAGCUACCAUACUGCCACGGCAGGAGAGGAAUUUGCCUACCUGACCCAGUCCUUGCGUAGGGCCACUGUAAUUGGAGAAAUAACCUCAGGUACCCUACUGCACUCCAAGUCCUUCCAGGUGGAAGACACAAAUAUUGUCAUUACAGUCCCCAUCAUGAAUUUCAUUGACAACAAUGGAGAAUGCUGGCUUGGAGGGGGUGUUGUACCAGAUGCCAUUGUACUAGCUGAGGAUGCCAUGGAGCAAGCUCACAGAAUCAUCGCGUUCCAUGAGGAGGUUUGCAAUUUGGUAGAGCUGGCAGGUGACCUACUGAAGGUUCACUAUGCCAUCCCUGAGGUUGCCAUAAACGUCACGAGGGUCUUGAAGUCAAAAUGGGCAGAAGGGUCAUAUCGAGCAGUGGUCGACUAUGAAUCUUUAGCUUCACAGCUGACAGCAGAUCUUCAAGAGACCUCAGGAGACCAUCGUCUUAACAUCUUCUACUGCGACACUGAACCUGAAGUGCUACAAAAUUUACCUAAAAUUCCCAGCCCUGACGAGGUACAAGAUAUCAUCAACACUUUUUUCAAGUUAGAAAUAUUGCCUGAAAACAUUGGUUAUUUAAGAGUUGACAUGAUGCCAGGCACUGAGGUACUAAAGAUCAUUGCCUCUCAGCUUGUGGACCUGGUCUGGAUAAAGCUGGUCAACACAGACACAUUGGUUAUUGACAUUAGGUUCAACACUGGAGGAUCUUCGAGUGCCAUCCCAUUCCUCUGCACCUAUUUCUUUGAGCCAGAGCCGCUGCGCCACCUUUACAGUGUGUUCAACCGCUCUACAGGAACCAUGACAGAGGUUAUGACACUACCUGAGGUCCCAGGCCCGAGGUACAGCUCUCAAAAGGACAUCUAUGUCCUCACCAGUCACAUGACGGGAUCUGCCGCAGAGGCAUUUGCAAGAGCAAUGAAGGAACUGGGUAGGGCCACAAUUGUUGGUGAGCCAACAGUUGGUGGUACUCUGUCUAGUGGAACCUACCAAAUAGGGGACAGCAUCUUGUAUGCUUCCAUUCCCAACAAUGUGGUGCUGAGUGCAGUAACCGGGAAAGUGUGGAGCAUCUCUGGUGUUGAACCACAUGUGGCAGCUCAGGCUAAAGACGCCCUUUAUGUUGCCCAGAAAAUUAUUGAGUCAGCCCAUGCUAAUUGA